AUGUUUUCGUCUAUAUUUGGCAAACGGCGCUCGUCACCAAUUGAAGACGACACGCCACCCAUACCUGGACCGAAAGUAGGAGACAGUUUCGUUAUAGUAAACCCAUCGCCCCCAGGGGGAAGUUUGUACCCAAGUGUGCCUGGCGCUGGAGUUCCAGGGUAUCCUGUGGCACCUUCUCGGCCAGCUCCUCCGGCACCAGUACAGAAUCCUAGCGUAGAGAGCUUCCACUAUCUGCAAGGGGUUCCUUUUUCGCUCUGUCGUGAACUUCAAAUGGCGAGCAAUAAGGAUGCAUUCGCAACCGAAAUCAGCGACCUCUUGGCUUUCCUAACGAACAAGGUGAACAUCAACAGCUACAACUACGAUUUCUCAAUUGAAAAGAGUGUUUUGAAAGAGUGUUAA